AUGGCCCAGGAAGGUGCAGAUGUAGCAUCGGCUUACCGAGACUUCUACCACGCAAAGUUUCAAGAGGACGUUUCAGCCGGCACCAAGAAACCUUUCCUAGUCCCUUUAUACUUCCUCAGCUAUUGGUUUAUACCCAUCGUCUAUCUUGCCAUACCACAUAAGAACCGGCCAUGGUUAUACCGAGCCAGAUGGCUUGUCCUCGCUUUUACCGUGGCCUUUAAUUUUCAUAUGAUACUUAACGUCUCAAGCCACAACUUCGCCUCCGCUUAUGGUGCUGGUCUUAUCGGUGCUUGGGGGAUCAUAUGGAAUUUCACCCUGUUGGUCUGGACAAAACCACAGUGGGAAGCCAGGCGGGUGGAAAUUAGAAGGAAGAGAAGCCGAAAGAAUGGCCAUAUUGUUCAGACGACUAAGAGCUCUAAGGGGGGAGCAGAUUCUGCAGAUUCUGCAGAUUCGACUGGUUUAGAAUCAGACCGAUGUAAACCUAACGGCAAUGGAUCGGCUCAUAACCGUAAAGAAAGGAAAGAUGGCGCUGCCAUCCCGAAAACAUCUCCGGAACAAACAGAGUUAUCAGAGUUAUCAGAGGAAUCAAGGAAACUGCUCUUAGACGCAAUACCUUCGCUGCGGAAAUAUCAAAAUGACGACGAAAUAGUUGCCCAACUCAAAAAAUUAGAAGCAGAGCAAGAGUUCGAGUACUACUGGCAGGAAUAUCCAGCCGACGCUUCUCUCUGGACCCGACUAGACUGGGCCUUCGACAUUGCCAGCUCGUUCCGGAUGACAGGCUGGAAUUGGGCAAUCCCCUGCCUACCGCCCUAUGACCUGCCUCCCACUAUCAACGGGUACCAGCUUCCCCUGAGUACCGUUGGUCCUCAGCGCAGUAAGCAAGGCUACACGCGGCAACUCACUCUCAAAUCUCUCUUCCUCACGCGCUUCUUCCGGGACAUCAUCCCGAACUACCUCCUCGUCGACUUCUGUGCCGUGCACAUGACCGCCGACCCAUACUUCAUCCUCGGACCCGAACACAGCAAUCUCGCCCCUCUCCCACCUCACUUAACAUCUCUCUCCCCCAUCGUCCUUUCCGCCCAGCGCACUGCCCUCACGUUCCUAGGCGUAAUAUCCGCGCUCCAACUUGCCUUCGCCUUCGGCGCUUUGUCCCUAGCCCUGCUCCCUCCUUCCCCUCAAAUAUUGCGUUUCCGCGCCCACCCCUGGCACCUCCCCUCCUCUAUCGGCUCUUUCUCCCAGGUUCUAGACCGCGGGUUGGCUGGGUUUUGGGGCAGCUGGUGGCACCAGACGUUCCGAUUUGGGUUCUCGGCGCCGACGCGCUGGCUCGAGACUAACGGGUACGUGAAACCAGGAUCGCCGGCGCAACGCGCUGCGGCGUUUGCCUUUGCAUUUCUGCAGUCGGCCUUCUUGCAUGCGUCGGGCAGUUAUAGCACUGUGCCUACGAGAUCCAAGUGGUGGCUUCCGCCGCUGUUCUUCAUGUUCGCAGGCCUGGGGUCUACGCUGCAGACGUGGUUGGCGCGCGCUGUUUUCGGGGCGCUGAUACGUCGGAUGCCGCGGUGGGUAAGGAGGCUCGGAAACUUGGUUUUUGUACUCGGGUGGAUGUGGUUGACGAGCUGGGCGCUGAUAGAUGACUUCGGACGCUGUGGGUUAUGGCUCUUCGAGCCGGUGCCUGUUUCCGUAUUCAGGUGGCUAGGUUACGGACCGACUCUGGACCGCCGCGUGUGGAGGUACGAGAGGGAUUUCUGGCCGAAGUGGUACUGGGGGAAGCAUUGGUGGGAUAGCGGGUUUGGAAUCUAA